GUAAAAGCUGCUGUCUCUCAUUCUCUGUAACUUCCAAGGAUCACCCUUAACCCUAUCCCUAUCGCUAUCCCCUCGUAUUUCGUCACCCUUCGAUUUUCUCAAUCUUCUCUCCCUAUCUCUCUACGACUAUUAUAUAUAUACACACACACAUUGAAUCUUCUGCUCCAUACUCACUCUCUCUCUCUCUCUCCCUCCCUCUGCAACAAUGGCGAAAGAUCCAGUCAGGGUUCUCGUCACCGGCGCCGCUGGACAAAUAGGUUAUGCACUUGUUCCAAUGAUAGCUAGAGGGGCCAUGCUAGGUCCAGAUCAACCUGUAAUUCUUCACAUGCUUGAUAUUCAACCUGCUGCAGAGGCCUUGAAAGGGGUGAAAAUGGAACUGGUUGAUGCUGCCUUUCCUCUUCUUAGGGGUAUUGUUGCCACUACGGACGUUGUUGAAGCUUGUAAAGGUGUUAACAUUGCAAUCAUGGUCGGAGGAUUCCCCCGGAACAAAGGAAUGGAGAGGAAGGAUGUGAUGUCAAAAAAUGUAUCCAUUUACAAGGCUCAAGCUUCGGCUUUGGAGAAGCAUGCUGCUCCAAAUUGCAAGGUGCUAGUGGUUGCUAACCCAGCUAACACCAAUGCACUCAUCUUGAAAGAAUUUGCCCCUUCAAUUCCAGAGAAAAACAUCACAUGCCUGACAAGGCUUGAUCAUAACAGAGCCCUAGGCCAAAUAUCAGAGAGGAUACACGUUCAUGUUGGAGAUGUGAAGAAUGUGAUCAUAUGGGGGAAUCACUCUUCAACUCAAUAUCCUGAUGUCAAUCAUGCAACUGUUAACACCGGUACCGCACAUAAGCCGGUCAGAGAACUUGUUGGUGACGAUAAUUGGCUAAAAACAGAGUUCAUCACCACCGUGCAGCAGCGAGGUGCAGCCAUCAUCCAAGCUCGGAAGCUAUCCAGUGCAUUAUCUGCUGCAAGCUCUGCUUGUGAUCACAUACGUGAUUGGGUUCUUGGAACUCCAAAGGGAACAUGGAUUUUUCUAUAG